AUGAACGUGGACGACGGCUUUACGCCGGUGAGAACGAAAAAGGAAAGGCGGUCGGCGAAGAAGGCAGUGACCAGUGUCCCGUACGAGGCGAACAAUGAAAUGCCCUCCAAAGAGGAGACGGAUGCGGUGAUGCAGCCGGUGGACCCGGUGCCGGUGGCGGUGGAGGAGGUGAGCUUCAAGCCAAUUGAGGAGUCUGCGGUGACAGCGCAGCAUAUAAGUGCUCAGGAGCAGCAAAGGAGCGAGUUGAGAAAGCUUUUGACCAAGAAGGUAAUUACACCGGAGCACCGCAUCGGAGCCUUAAAGAAGAGUUGGGUGGAGCUGACGAAGCCAGUUAUCGAAGAACUCAAAUUAGCCGUGAAGUUUGUUCCGCGGGUGAAGCAGAUCUGGAUAGUUCCGGCAUGGGUUCUGAGUGAGCCGUCUUCGGCGGAAGAGAAGCCUUCGGAUGCGGAGGUUAGGAAACUUGAAAGCCACGUAACAAAAGCGGUGGAGUAUUUCAAAGCUUUUUUGGUUGGUUUCCAGGUGAGGGACGCGCUCGCUGUGCUUCGUCUGGAGGACAUCUUCUUACAGUCAUUCAAGAUAACUGAAGUGCGUCGUCUGGAAGGCGAGAAUUUGAGCAGAGCUAUCGGUCGGGUUGCCGGUAAAAAUGGCAGGACGCGCGACGCAAUCCAAAACGCCACCAGGACCCGUAUUUUGAUUCAAGACAAGAAUGUGCAUCUGCUCGGCGGGUUCGAAAACAUUACAUUGGCAAGAGACGCCAUUGGUAGUUUAAUCAUAGGGGCGCCCCCGAACAAAGUACACUCGCACUUGGGUGUCGUAUCCCGAAGAAUGAAGGAACGGGCAUAA